UAAGCUUAAGGAAGCCGGUUGUCUUCAAAUAUCUUUGGAAUCAUUUAAAUCUCAUUUUCUGAGCACACAGUCCAAGUUUCGUUAUUUUUCUGUUAUCUUUUCCCCAGGAAACUAACCGCUUGAUUCUAGAAGCUGGUUCAUAGGCAAGUGCCGAAAGAGGAAAAUUUCCUCCAUUCAAUCGAUUCCCAGAUAAAUAUGGAUGCGCCAAAUGGAUAUCUAGCGAAUCCUCCUGAAGGACCGAAUCGCAUCCAAUUACUAAGAGUCGAUUCAGCUACUUUUAGGAGACCUUCCCUUCAUCUUUUGGAGGAUACAAGGGAGGGUAGAAUCCAUUACCUUAAAUUAUGUGUGCCUCUUUACAAAUAUGCAUUAGAAGGAAAUUGGGAGAAAGCUAAGCCCAUGUUGUUAAGUCAUGAGAGAAUGCUUAUGAAUGCUGCUAUAGCAAAAGGAUAUCCAACAGUACUUCAUGUAGCAGCAGGAGCAGGACAUUUUCACUUUGUGAAGGAGCUUGUGAACUUGAUGAAUGAGAGUGACUUGGAUUUACAAGACUCUAGGGGAAACACUGCUUUCUGCUUUGCUGCUGCUGCAGGAAACUUGGAUAUUGUUAAGUUAUUGUGGGAAAAAAAUCCAUUCUUGCUAAACAUUAGAGGUGGAAAUGGCUUCACUCCUCUUCAUUUUGCUGCAAUACAAGGAAGAGCUGAUAUGACAUGGUAUCUAUACUCUAAAAUUGAUGAAUUAGCUUUUGAAGAAGCAGACAGGAAUAAGUUAUUCCUCACUUGCAUCGACAGUGGCAUUUAUGAUUUAGCGCUGAAAAUGUUGAAAGAUAAGCAAGAACUUGCAUUGGCAACAAAUGAAGAAGGGAUGACAGGUUUGCAUAUCAUGGCUCAGAAGACAACAGAUUUGGGUCAUCAUAGUCCAGAACAUCAAAAUCUCAUAAGUUCAGGAACGAAGCACGGUGUUGCUCUCCAACUUGUUCAUUCUCUCUGGCGAGGAAUUCUCAAUCUUGUAAGAUCAGAGGAAGACAUGAGAAAAAUAAUAAAUGAGCCAUCACGACUAUUGUUUGAUGCGACAAAAUUUGGAAAUUUUGACUUUUUAGCCCAGCUUAUGAGAUCUUACCCUGAUUUAGUAUGGGAAUUGGAUGACCAAAAGCGAAGCAUAAUUCACAUUGCUGUUUCACAUCGUCAUCCUAACAUCUUCAAUCUUAUCCAUGAUAUAAGUGCAAAUAAGGAUAUCAUAUUGUCAUAUGUAGACGAAGAUGAUGGAAACAAUAUAUUACAUUUGGCUGCAAAGUUAGCACCGGCUGAUAGACUUGAAUUGGUCUCUGGGGCGGCUUUUCAAAUGAAGCUCGAACUGUUAUGGUUUGAGGAGGUGAAGAAGAUAAUGUUACCAUCAUAUGUGAAGAUGAAAAACUCAAAUGGUGAAACUCCUCGUGAUUUAUUCACUAGGGAGCAUGCAUCAUUGAGGAAAGAUGCUGAGUCAUGGACAAAGAGAACAGCUAACUCUUGCAUGGUUGUUUCAACUCUUAUUGCUACUGGAGUGUUCUCUGCUGCAUUUAGCAUACCAGGUGGUAUCAACGAUAAUUCAGGAACACCCAAUUAUUUAUGGAAACGAUCCUUUAUGAUAUUUGCAAUAUCAGAUGCUAUUGCAUUUAUUUCAUCUUCAGCCUCCAUACUUGUCUUCUUGUCUAUCCUUAUCUCACGUUAUGCUGAGUAUGACUUUUAUAAGUCUCUUCCCUCAAGGCUGAUACUUGGAUUGGUAACUCUCUUCAUGUCCAUAACAAGCAUGAUGAUAGCAUUUAGUAGUGCCGUCUUCGUAACAUAUGAGCAUGGCUUAAAGUGGGUUCCUGGCUUCAUUUCUGUGAUUUCAUUUUUGCCAAUAAUCAUAUUUUUGUUCCUUCAAUUUCGACUUUUUUAUGAUAUUGUUCGCUCAACAUAUUGUGUAAGGUCUCUAUUUCGACCAAGCAAGCAUAUGCUUUACUAACAAAUAAAGGC